AUUAUUAUUAUAUUCUUAUUGAUUAUUAUGUUAUAUUAUGUUAUUAAUGAACUAGACCUAUUGUGACUUUUUUUUAUGGUGGAUAAAAAUAGUACUUCAGAAGAUAUGUGAUUUAAUUAAAUGAAAAGAAAAGAAAAGAGGUAUUAUUGAUCCUUAAAUGGGGAAUUUGGUAACCGAUUAUUAGGGGGUUUCGGAACCCACGUGUCAACACAAGAGGGAAAGUACAUUUUUUUAUUUUAUUUUCUCUACUUUGUCUCUCGUUUUCUCUGUCACAGACGAAAGAUCGAAACCGAGGAUCUCCACCACCGAUCCUCCGUCUUUGUUCUCGUCUUCUCCGUGACAGAGGGAGGAUCGAAACCCACAUCUGAUCGAAACCCACCACCAAGGACGACGACUCUCUUGCUCCUCACGGUGUCUCGUCCGUCGUCUCUCGUCUUCUCCGACAGUAGAAAGAUCGAAACCCACCACCGAUAGUCCGUCUUCUCCUCCGUCUUAUCUCGUCUUCUCCGUCAGACGAGUCUCAACAACGUCAUCUCUCUCCGCCACCGCUCUCGGAUCCCUCGAUUCCUCUGUCCCUCAAUUCCUCGAUUCUUCUGUCCUUCGAUUCCUCUGUUGGUCGAUUCUUCAAAUCUUCUCAGUUCCACGUCGAGUCCCUCGAUUCCUCUGUCUUCUUCAAAUCGUUUGAUGUCUCUCACUCUAUUUCUCUGUUAUUUUUGUUGGAUGUGGUCGGGAUUGUAGUGAAACUAUCAAAACUCUCUGAAACUCUGAAACAACAAGGUAUGUCUCAAUCAUCAUCCCCUUUAUUAGUUCUUGUUUUCACCUGUGAUAUUAGUUGUUUAUCAGUUUUUUUUUUUUUGGAGGGUUUUGUAGAUAUGUUGUAGUUACUGGAGCAAUUGAAGCUGUUGAGACACUGAGAAGAGAAUAGAGGACCACGUUCUUGUUGAGACACUGAGACUGGACAAAUCGAAGCCUUGUGUUUCAUCAGCUUGAUGUCAGUGAUCCUGAGAACAAGCACGUCUUCUACUCUUGAAGGUAUACUUUCCAUUGUUAAUUAAAAAAAGAUCUAUACUAUUUGAUAUAUGCUACUUCAAAAAAUUAUCUGAACCAAUGUCCUCGAAGUAAAUACUUUCAACAAGUUAACUUUACAAUGCAGGGAGCAAUGAGGCGGACCAGAAUUGGUAACUUGGAAGUGUCUCAAGCUGGUCCUGAUUGCAAGUCCAGGUAACGUUCCAUUUCUCAAAGUUUUUUCUUGCUUUUAUUUUUAUUGAUUGUGUCUGGUCUUUAUUGAUUGUGUCUGAUUAAUGCUAGGUAGUUAAUACAUUAGGACUGAAUGCUUGUUAGUUACAUGUCAACUCAUCUCAAUGCUUGGUCUAUGUGUCUUCAGUUCUGCUUGUUAAACAAGUGCUUGUGAUAGUAGUGAGGUUAAUGAAUGGUUGUGAUUAAUGCUUGUUUUAGUGUUACUUUAGGAGAUGGUUAGGUAAUAAAUAUGUUAGAUAAAUGUCUACUCAGUUGAACUCUACUCAAGAAAGAGUAAAGACUAUUAAAGGAGCUGUAUUUAACAACAUCUUCUUCUCUUUUCAUCUUUAAAACCAUGUGCUUUUUGUCUUUCUUUUCAUCUUCGAACAUCUUCUUCUUUUCAUCUUCCAACAUCUUCUUAUCUCUUCUUUAUCAUAUUAGGAUAUGGAUUAUACGAAUCCAUAUAGCCAGGUCCCCAAUUUGGUUGAUCAGCUUAACAGUCAACAAGAUAGUUUCCUUCCUGAAUCCUGUCCUUAUCCGAGUGCUUCAUCACAACUCCAUGUCUUUAGUACUCAAUGUACUGAGACAUCAAGCUUCUGUGAAGACUCACCUACACAACGCAAAGAAAGAAAGAAAUGGUCUCCCUCUGAUGAUCUAGUGCUCAUUAUCGCAUGGUUAAAUACCAGCAAGGAUCCAGUAGUAGGCAAUGAGCAGAAAGCAUGUGCUUUCUGGAAGCACAUUGCAGCUUACUAUGCAGCUAGUCCCAAGGUGGAAAGAGGUGAACAGAGAGAACAUAUUCAGUGUAAGCAGAGGUGGCAGAAGAUGAACGAUCUUGUUUGCAAGUUCUGUGGAUCCUAUGCGGCUGCAACAAGACAGAAAACAAGUGGCCAGAGUGAGAGUGAUGUUGUUAAACUUGCUCAUGAAAUCUUUUUCAACGAUCACAAGAUUAAGUUUAACCUUCACCAUGCUUGGGAGGAGCUCCGCUAUGACCAGAAAUGGUGUGAGCAGGCUAGUAGUAAACUUGGUGGAAGCGCCAAGAAGAGAAAGUGUGAGGAUGGAGAAGAAACAGCAAGCUCUCAAGCAACUAUCAAUCUAGAUGAUCAACCAACCAAAUGUCCUCCUGGUGUUAAGGCAGCGAAAGGAGCUUCUGGAAAGAAACCUAUAGUAGAUAAGGAGGCUGCCUCUGAGUUUCAGACGAUGUGGUCUAUUAAAGAGAAAGACUUGGUAGUGAAAGAGAGACUUUCGAAAAUGGGUCUGCUUGACAGUCUCAUUUCCAAAAAAGAGCCACUUUCUGAAUAUGAAGAAGCACUAAAGACGAAGCUAACUACAGAUAUGCUGGAUAAUUAGUGUGAACUUGUCUGAAGCUAUUUAUCGAGUGUCUUUGGUGUAUGUGUCAUGUUCAGUUCGUCUUCUUGGGUCUAUGUUUCAUGUUCUGUCUUUCCUCUUUGGUCUAUAUUUCAUGCUUAUCAUAUUGUAUGUUUCAAUGUUUCUUUGAUCCGUUCUGUUUUAUAAUAAAAUGUUUCGAGUUUAUGUGAUAUGUGAUAAGUGAAAUGUGAUAUGUUUAUGUGAUAUGUGAUAAGUGAAACUUAAACCUUCUGUGAUAUGUUUAUGUGAUAUGUGAUAUGUGAUUUGCUUCCCAUGUCCAGAGAGAAAGAAGUGAGGAGACAAAGAAGACAAAGAAGUCACGAGAUUUUAACUGAAGUCACAAGAGAUGUUUAACGAAGUCACAAGAUGCAAGCUGUAUGUGUCACGAGUGUUUGUAUACAAGUUGUAUGUGUCACGAGUUUUGUAUGUUUGUCUGUAUGUGUCACGAGUGUUUGUAUGCAUGUUGUAUUCAAUUCACGAGUGUUGUUUGUGUCACUCUUCUCUCUUGCUCUAUUUAAAGCAUUGCAUUGUACAGUUUUUAUUCAAGUCAAGUCACAAGCAUCACAUAGCACUCUCCUUCUAUUCGUAUCAACAUCACGUAACACUCUCCUUCCAUUCUUAUCAUCAUCACGUAACGACACUUAUCUUCGCAAAACACAAGUUACAAAGUCUUCUUUUCCACCACAGAGUCUUCUUCUCUUCUCCUUGAUCACAAAGCCAUUCUCUCCUUCCAGUCUUCUUAUCAUCACAAAGUCUUUUUCAAAACAAGUCUCCUUGAUCAAAACACAUUUUACAAAUUCUUUGAAAAACAGUCUCUUUGAUCAAAAAUAUCAAUUCUAUGGCUUCUUCGUCUCAUAACACUUUUGAGGGAGUAGAUGAUGAAAGUUUUGAUCAAUAUUUUGAUCAAUAUUUUGAUCAAACCUUCGAGAAUUUUCCCAUAAAUUAUGGUGAUCAAGAAGAUACGAGGAAAAGAAGGAAAAAACGAGUUCACAUAAAAAGAAAUCAUGAAGAAGGCGAUGUACGUUUAUGGAAUGAUUAUUUCAGUGAAACUUCAACAUAUCCUGAAAAUCUAUUCCGACGACGAUUUAGAAUGAACAAGCCAUUGUUCAUGUAUAUUGUUGACCGAAUCUCCAAUGAAGUUGAAUUCUUUCGACAAAGUAAAGAUGCUCUCGGAAGGCAUAGUCUCUCUCCACUUCAGAAGUGUACAACAGUCAUUCGUGUCUUAGCACAUGGUACUGCGGCUAAUGUUGUUGACGAAUACCUCAGACUCAGUGAAACUACUACUCGGUCAUGUGUGCAACAUUUUGUGGAAGGAAUAAUAAAUUUAUUCGGCGAUGAGUACCUAAGAAGACCAACACCGGCUGAUCUACAACGUCUAGUUGAUUUGGUGAGCAUCAUGGAUUUCCCGGGAUGAUAGGAAGCAUCGAUUGUAUGCAUUGGGAGUGGAAGAAUUGUCCCACCGCUUGGAAAUGGCAAUAUUCCUGUGGUUCGGGAAAACCCACAAUCGUUUUAGAGGCGGUCGCUUCGUAUGAUCUAUGGAUAUGACAUGCGUUUUUUGGACCUCCAGAGUUCCAACAAGGAGAAGACACCGGAAGUUCACAUGUCGAUCUCGAUUUUUCUACAGAUAUGCCUACAAAUAUCGCCAAUAUGAUGGGUGUUCGAACUAGAAUUCGUGAUAGACAAAUGCAUCAACAACUCAAAGCUGAUUUGGUUGAACAUUUAUGGAGUAAAUUUGGACGUGAUGAAGACAACAACUGAGUUCAGAAUGAAACUUUCAAAUUAUUCUCGUUUAUUUUAUUAAUCCUUGUUUAAAAAAAAAAAUUAAAAUCUAUGUUUAAAAUUUUCUUUUCUACUAUGUUAAAAAUUUUAUGUUUAAAAAAAAAAUUAAUUUUUUUAAGACCCCUAAUUAAGAAACUACCAUUGGAGCACACAUUCUAAUAGUUUCUUAACUAGUAUCCUUAAGUACAAUUAAAGUACAAUUAAUUAAUUAAAAAACAUUAAGAAACCCAUAUGGGGUCAUAGGGAUAAAAAUGCUCUAACAACGGACAAUGCUGCUACAACCUACCAUAUGCGUACCCUAUUGUCACUGUACACUUUCCACUUCCUGUUCUUUAAUUAUUUUGUUAAAGCUAAAGUUUAAGUAUCCCUUAUAUAUUAAAGAAGAAGCAUUUGCAAUAAAUGUAUUCACACACACAUUGACACGUGUCAUCCUUACAAUCAUUCCAACUUUAGAAUGCUUACGUGUCAUCUUCACAGUCAUUUAGCAAUUAAUGUGUUCACAUAUUAUUUGUUUUUUUAUCUCUACAACCGACAAUUUAAUGUGUUCACAAAGUAGUUUCUUUUAAUCAGUUUAUUUUUAGUUUUUGGAUUUUUAAUCUUUGUAUUAGUGAAUUGAAGUUCUCUCCGGGCAACAACUAAAUAAUAUCAUUUGAAAGAAAAAAAUUACAAAAUCAUUAAGAUUCACGUCAACUGAAAUGAUGGAAUGAGAAUGUUUUUAGAAACUGAAAGUUUCGUAUCUUGCCGAACAUGACAUUGGUUGAGGUUUAUUGCAACAAAUAAUUGUGAUUGGUUAUGAAUUAAGGAAAUUACGGUGAAAAAUAUCACACACAAAGUUGGAUCUUUAGUUUAGCCAAAUAUUGUUUUUAUUUACAGAGUUUUCAUAUCAAACCAAAAAUUAGAAUCAUAAUCAGAUUGUUAGAAUAAAUCAGAAAUCAGAAAAGUUUUAAGAGAAAAUAAAAUUCGCGAAAUCGAUUGAAAAACAUAAUUCAUGUAACAAGUGAAGAGAUCACAUUAUUUUCGACGCAACUCUUAACCCAUUUCACUCGAUUGUAUCGUGUUUUUAUUAUAUUUACCAAUAAUUUUUUAUAAGAAAGUACACGUUAUUGGUUAUAGACUACGUUAAUUUUGUAACAUAUCCAAAAAUAUUGACACGAUGUCCAACCACUUUUAUUGGUAUUCUUAAAGUAUGGUCCAAUAAUUAUAUGUAAAAUAAGCCCAACAUAUUAGUUUUACAUUUUUUUAUAUAUAUUAGUAGAAGAAAGCAAGUAUGAAUAAAAUAUUUGAAUAUGAAAAACCGAAUCAAAC